UCUCUUGAUCUAUCGAGAAAGCAUCCCGAUCAUGUCAUGGUAGGAGACACACGUUAUUGACAAACGUCGAUCCAACGCCUAGCAUCGGAACAGAACAUAUAAAAGUGUAGCCUCGUACACGCUUGAUCACCACCUCAGCUCGGUCUUCUCACCUUCAGUUCCCGGUAAAAGUCUCUCGUCUACCUCUUCGGUUGCUCCUAUAGUUCCGUAAUGGCCUCCAGUAUUGGUCGCGCCAUGGUCUUGGGGCUAGCUGCCAUACAGGCCGUGGCUGGACAAUCAUACAACGAGCCCUACCGUCCUCAGUACCACUUCACCCCUGCCAAAAACUGGAUGAACGAUCCCAAUGGGCUAUUGUACUACAAGGGCGUCUAUCAUUUGUUCUAUCAAUACAAUCCAGGAGGCGACACUUGGGGAGCAAUGUCUUGGGGCCAUGCGACCAGCAACGAUUUGACGCACUGGAAGGAACAGCCAGUUGCUCUGCAGGCCCGCGGCUUCCCUGAUAACAUCACUGAGAUGUUCUUCUCCGGCUCUGCAGUGGCCGAUGUCAAGAACACAAGCGGCUUUGGAAAAGGCAAGCAGGUACCGUUGGUUGCCAUGUACACAUCCUAUUAUCCCGUGACGCAGACGUUGCCAAGCGGGAAGACGGUUCAGGAAGGCACGCAGGCACAAUCAAUUGCCUAUAGUCUGGACGAAGGCAAGACAUGGACCACAGAUGAUGCUCAUAACCCAGUCAUCCCUCUCCCACCUCCCCAGUACGCGGACCAAUUCAAAGACUUCCGUGAUCCUUACGUAUUCUGGCAUGACGACACCAACAAGUGGGUCUCUGUGAUGACUCUGUCCGCUCUUCACAAGCUGCUGAUCUACACCUCGUCCAACCUCAAAGACUGGACUCUGGUGAGUGAAUUCGGCCCAGUCAACGCCGUCGGUGGCGUUUGGGAGUGCCCCAGCAUCUUUCCGCUCAAGGUCGAUGGUCAGAAGAAGAACACCAAGUGGGUUGCCCAGAUUGGUCUCAACCCUGGUGGUCCUCCUGGUACGAUCGGUUCGGGUACCCAGUACGUCGUGGGCAGCUUUGAUGGAAAGAAGUUCACGGCAGACGCCAAUAGCAUCUACCCCGCCCCAACCGCUCCAAGCGACAGCGUGUUCUUUCAGGACUUUGAAGGCGACGGCACCUUUGCUCAGUUGGGCUGGAACGCUACAGGAGAUCUUGCCAGUGCUAGCCCAGCAGCUGGAGCCAUUGGUGGACAGCAGACGGUUACUGGCUAUCGCGGAAACCGCUUUGUGAACACCUUUAUCAACGGCGACGCCACUACUGGAACACUCACAUCGCCAACUUUCAAGAUCUCCCUCAAAUACAUCAACUUCCUCAUAGGUGGUGGGUACAACCCAGGUAAGACUGCUAUCAACCUGAAGAUCAACAGCCAAAUCGUGCGCACUGCUACCGGUCAGAACGCCGAAGCCCUCACAUGGAGUGGAUGGGACGUCAGUGCCUACGUCGGCCAAAAUGCCAACAUCGAAAUCGUUGACUCCCUCACCGGCGGCUGGGGCCAUAUCAAUGUCGAUGCCAUUUCCUUCUCGAACACGCAGGCCUCCGCUCAAAAAGCCAACUGGGUAGAUUACGGCCCGGAUUUUUAUGCAGCUAUCCCGUACAAUGGACUUCCAGAGGACGAGCGAAUCGACAUUGCCUGGAUGAACAACUGGCAAUACGGCAACCUCAUACCCACCAGCCCCUGGCGCAGCGCCAUGUCGAUUCCCCGCAAGCUGUCUCUCAAAACCGUCGGGGGAAAAGCCACCCUGAUACAAGAACCAGCAGCGAAACUUGCUCAAUCCAGCCAGUUCUCCCGUUCUUGGGGCAGGCUGCCCGAGGGCAACACCACGCUCGGUUUCUCCGGCAAGGCUCUCGACAUCACGCUUUCCUUUUCCGACCGCUCCCCCGCAGCUUCAAAAGCACCGCAAGUCGGCAUCGUGGUCCGCGCCUCAUCCGAUUUCUCCCAGCAGACCCGCGUCGGAUACGACUUCACUACCAAGCAAGUCUCCGUCGACAGGUCCAGGUCCGGCACCGUUGACUUCGAGGCUACAUUUGCAUCUACCUUCUACGCACCGCUUGCUGCUGGCAAAGAUGGCAAGGUUAACCUGCGUAUCCUCGUCGAUUGGUCGUCGGUCGAGGUCUUCGGCGGCGACGGUGAGGUUGCUCUGACGGCCCAGAUUUUCCUCGAUGACGGCGCGGUCAGUGCCCAGUUGUACUCGAUUGAUGGGGAUACGAGGAACGUUGCUGUCAGCGCGAGGAGUCUCGAGUCGACUUGGGUUUAGAGAGUAGUGGUGUGAUUAGACGGGAGGAAUAGUUGACAGGCUUGACGCAAAUGUGUCUUCACGCAAAUGUGUCUUCAUUCUAAAUGGAUUUGUUAUCUGAUUCCGACACCCUCCUUUAUCAGCUCGAGCAGGCUUACCAGUACUCCAUUGGCAGCGGUCGUUGUACAGCUUCGUGCUCCCUAUAGACUGCUGAAGCUCAACGUCUCUAUGGCGG